AUGCCUUUCCCCUCUAUACACGCCAAUGAUGAUGUGGAAGCUAAGCAUGCAGCCAAUCAUCAAGAUACUGAGCCACCUGCAUCCUUUGUAGAUGGACCAACAAAUCAUCUAGAUAUCUUUAGUGUGGACCCAGAACUAGGAGAACACUUCGAAGGUGACAUAUUACUCAGUCCAUAUCAAAAGCUAGCCAUUGAGACUGAUACGGAUCUCUCUGAGCGCAAUGGCCUUAUAUCCAGUACAAAGAGAUGGCCUAAUCGGACAGUUGUGUAUCAUAUUGUGCAGGAUGACUUCGACGAAGAACAACUACAGAUGAUUAAAGAUGCAAUGAAUGACAUUGCAAACAAGUCGUGUAUCAAAUUUCGACCGAAAGAGAAAGACGAGCAUGCUGUUACUAUUCAGGGGUCAGAAUGUGGUUGCUUUUCGAGCGUAGGCCUACAAAAUGAAGGGCAUAAAGAAGGUGACGAAGAACCGCAGCUGUUAAAUCUGUCUUCGAACUGCUUCAAAAAAUAUGGCACUAUUGUACAUGAAAUACUCCACACCCUCGGCUUCUACCAUAUGCAGAGCACGUAUGAUAGAGAUGAAUUUGUCAAAAUUGUUUGGGAGAACAUUGAACCAGGAAAGGAGCAUAAUUUUAAAAAAUAUACGGUCAAUACAGUUACUGACUUCGGUGUGUCGUACGAUUAUGGUAGCGUAAUGCAUUAUCCAGAAAAAGCUUUUAGCAACAAUGGCAAUAAAACCAUAAUUCCGUUACAGGAGAACGUGGAAAUUGGACAGAGAGAAGGCAUGUCUGAAAGCGAUGUUAUUAAACUGAACAGAAUGUACUGCGAAGAAUCCGGAGAACCAAUAAGUUACAUAACAGAUACAUUAAAAGAAAAAUAAGGCCAACACAUGCAACGAUUAAUAAAAAAGUUUCUUAACGCACAUGUCUAUUGUAAUAACCAAUGUUGUCAUUUGCAAUAAAACAUUCGUUUCAGUGUUCUAUUCUUCCUGCUAUAACUUAGUUUCAUUAUUAGUUAAGCACCUAUUACAACAAAACAUGCACAAC